ACAAACAAAGGGAAGUGGAGAAAAGCCACUAGGCUACAUUGCCAUAACCCACCACCGUCAGCACCACUGCAACUCGUGAUCAUCGUCAAAUUUUCCUUUUAAGACAUUUUUGCACUCUUAAACCAUCGCUGAUUUUUGUGUAAUUUUUCCGCUGAAAAUGAGAUUGGGGUGGGUUUUGGUGUGUAGGCGCUGAGGGAAUCCAAUUUGAUAAUAAAUUAGAGAUUAUCCAGACCCGGGAAUCGAGAGUAAAGGCACUUUCUUGAUUCAUCUCUACUCAGAGUGGAACAAUUAGCUCGGCGCCUUCGUCUCCCAAAGAAUCCGCUCUCCAUAAGGAUGAGAAACACGAUGAUCAAAAUUCUGUGGCAUCUGGGGAGAGUGAAUUGUCCAAUAGUGUUGUUAAAGAGUCUGGUCUGAAUUCAGACGGGAAUUUGACAUCUGGGAAGAAAAUGGAGGAAUUUGUUGCUGAUAUGUUGAAGAAACUGAAGCUGAAUCCCCAGGCGGAGGAGUUCUUUCCUUCUUAUUAUCAUCAAGGCCAAUUUGGGGCGUACAGUUUUGUGCCUGUUGAUAAGGAUUUUGGAAAUGAUGGUUUCCCCAAUAAUCGAAGGAGAAGAAAUAACAAUGGCAUUGGUAAGAAGAGAAUGGGUGGCAGAGGUUACAGAGCUCAAAGAGAUGACAGUAUUAGACGAACUGUCUAUGUUUCUGACAUUGAUCACAAUAUUACUGAGGAACAGCUUGCUGCCUUAUUCAGUGGCUGCGGACUGGUUGUUGAUUGCCGAGUUUGUGGUGAUCCAAACUCUCGUCAUCGCUUUGCUUUUGUGGAAUUUUCUGACGAGCAAUCUGCUAGAGCUGCACUUACAUUUUCUGGGACUCUAUUAGGUUUCUCUCCUCUGAAGGUCCUGCCUUCUAAAACUGCCAUUCUUCCCGUGAAUCCUACUUUCCUUCCCCGGUCAGAGGAUGAACGAGAGAUGUGCGCAAGGACUGUCUAUUGUACAAACAUUGAUAAGAUGGUGUCUGAAGCUGAAGUCAAGAAUUUCUUUGAAGCAAGAUGUGGUGAGAUAUCCUGCUUGAGGCUUUUAGGGGAUCAAACGCACUCCACGCGGAUUGCUUUUGUUGAAUUCUUCAUGGCUGAAAGUGCAAUAAUUGCCCUUGAUUGUUGUGGAGAACUUUUGGGUACACAUCGCAUCAGGGUUAGCCCUUCGAAGACACCGGUCAGGCCAAGGGUUUACCGCCCGGGGGCACAGUAAAAAAAUCGGAUAUCCGGCGGGGAAGGACAACAGGUAUCUCUUAUCCUGAGAGAAGAGUGAGAACUUAAAAAUAUGAAGUUAGAGGGGGGAUUUUACUUGAGCAUUGAUUCUUUUUCCCCACUUGAGGAGACGAUGAACGAUUUUCUUCCUUUUUUUUUUUGUUGAUUAUAAAUUAUUGUUAUUGCAACCGAGUAUGGCAGUGUUGGAUGUUCUACUGCAAUUGUUCUAAAUUCGGAUGUUUUAUGACAAUGAAUGGUUCCUGAGAUGCUGUUUAGUCA